GUUUCUCGGCGGCUUUACGAGCGUACAAGUCGUGAACGUUUUUUACCGGCAGUUUGGUGUUACGUUCCACAUUUUGUGGCCCCCCGUAAGAAUCUAUCUAUCCACAAAACAGCGCGUACGUACUAAACUUGCAUCCGUGUAAACGGCCAAUUUCGACUCCGAUUCCGGCUCCCGUUUAACAGCUGCAAGGCGGUCAACUCUUGAAACAACAACGACUCCAACAACAGCCACAACAUGAACGGUCCCAAACACAAACUAUGCACUAAACUGUCCAGCACGUAUCUGAGAAAAUGGUGGAUUACGAUCGCCAUUGCGUCGAUUUUGAUAGUGGGAGGCGUUUUGGUGGCCUGCGAGUUCUCCGUGCUGAUCAAUGCCAUUGUGGACCGCAUGGUGGCUCUGCGGCCUGGCGCCAAGACCUUCGGCUGGUGGGCCAAGCCGCCGGUGGAGCCCCACAUCAGUCUGUACAUCUACAAUGUGACCAAUGCCGAUGACUUCCUCAGCAAUGGCUCCAAGGCCAUUGUCGAUGAGGUGGGUCCCUAUGUCUACAGCGAGAGCUGGGAAAAGGUUAACAUCGUGGAGAAUGACAAUGGCACGCUCAGCUACAAUCUGCGCAAGAUCUACUCGUUCCGCGAAGAUCUGUCUGUGGGCCCCGAAGAUGACGUGGUGAUUGUGCCCAACAUUCCCAUGCUGAGUGCCACCUCCCAAAGCAAGCAUGCGGCCAGGUUCCUGCGUCUGGCCAUGGCCAGCAUCAUGGACAUACUGAAGAUCAAGCCGUUCGUUCAGGUGUCCGUGGGACAGCUGCUCUGGGGAUACGAGGAUCCGCUGCUCAAGCUGGCCAAGGAUGUGGUGCCUAAGGAGCAGAAGCUGCCAUACGAGGAGUUCGGCCUGCUGUACGGCAAGAACGGCACCUCCUCCGACCGCGUCACCGUCAACACAGGCGUCGAUGACAUCGAGAAGUACGGCAUUAUCGACCAGUACAACGGUCGCACCCACCUGCCCCACUGGACCACCGAUGAGUGCAAUCACCUGAACGGCACUGACGGCUCCAUCUUCCCCCCGCACAUCGACCACGAUCGUGUGUUGCAUGUGUACGACAAAGAUCUCUGCCGCCUGAUGCCGCUGGUCUUCGAAAAGGAGGUGAUGACCUCUAACGAGGUGCCCGGCUAUCGCUUCACCCCACCCGAGUGGGUCUUUGCCGAUGUCGAGAGCCACCCGGAGAACAUGUGCUUCUGCCCCGCCGGCCAGCCGUCGUGCUCCCCCAACGGUCUCUUCAACGUCUCGCUGUGUCAAUACGAUUCCCCCAUCAUGCUAAGCUUCCCCCAUUUCUAUCUCGGCGACGAGAGCCUGCGGACACAGGUGGAGGGCAUUUCGCCGCCAGAGAAGGAGAAGCAUCAGUUCUUCCUCGAUGUGCAGCCGAAAAUGGGAACCACUCUGCGUGUUCGAGCUCGUAUCCAAAUCAAUCUGGCCGUCAGCCAGGUGUUCGACAUCAAGCAAGUGGCCAACUUCCCAGACAUCAUCUUCCCCAUUCUGUGGUUCGAGGAGGGGAUCGACAGCCUGCCCAAUGAGGUCACCGAUCUGAUGCGCUUUGCCGAACAAGUGCCGCCCAAGAUACGUGUGGCUCUGAUUGUCGGCCUGUUCGCCCUGGGGGUGGCCCUGCUGCUGCUGUCGACCUUCUGCCUGAUCCGCAACUCUCACCGGCAGAGCACCCUGCAUCUGGAGGGCUCCAACUACCUGGCCACCGCCCAAGUGGACAUGAACAAGAAGCAGAACAAGGACACCCAGCCCGCCAGAUACUAGAGAUUGUCGAGUUUUGGAUGAUAUGAUCAGUAGACGUAUCGAGGGGUCGGUCUCUGGGUGUCUUAGUUUAGUGUAGAUAGGUAACUGGGACUAGCCCAUUCCAUUCCAUUCCCAUAACCCAUCCCCUGCACCCAUCCGAUCCGAUCAGAUCCGAUCAGAUCCAUUCGGGUUUGAUCCGGUGGGGGGUGUGUGUGAGUGUCUGUAGUCUAGAACAAAUGGAGCUGGGAAGACUUGUAUGUAUUUUGUAUGUGUAUCUGUACUUGUAUCUGUAUCUGUAUCUAUUGUAUUGUAUGUAGGUUAUCUUUGUAAGUAAUCGUUAUGAAAUUUUGAUGAUGAUGUGUAGUCCUACGCAACAGUCGUGAUCGCAUUAAGGCUCAAAGCUUCGACUUAGCUUAAACUUUGAUUUGUUAUACCAAAACUGAAUUAAUAUACCCCAACAACCCCACAAUUCCCCGUACCCCGUUGUACCACUUGUUGAAAUUCGAUGUCAAGACAAUCAAGUCACAAACCAAACCCGAAACGUUUCUCAAAUAAAAAAUAAAGCAAUGUUCCGUCCUCCA